AUGCACUCAUUGCGUGGCAUUGCGCCGCGUUUGCUUACCCGGAGCUCCGUCCUACCUCCGCUACCCCUCAAUCAUCGUCUUGCAUACCGAUUGCCCGCGCUUCGCUCUCCAUUUUCCAUCUCCCACUCCCUUCGAUCAUUCAUCAUGGACGAGAACGUGAAACAACACUAUCUGGCUGACUCGCCGCCUAGCGUGGUCCGUCUGGAAAUCAAGUCGCACUUUGAUACUCUUAAAGAUGAGAGUCUUCGGAGAUACGCCCACUACAUGAGCAGGGCCGCAUUUGAAGGCACUCGUGUGACUCUGCGCCAGGUCUCCCCCGAGUCGGAACCUAUCUACGAUCUUAUUCUCGCCCUCCACAAAACCUGCAAUGGCGAUUGGAACAGUCUGGCCCAAAAGACUCAGGUCAGCGAGGAACACCUCCGCUUCUUCCUCGAAUAUGCUGCCCAGUUCCUGGGUAACUGCGGUAACUACAAAGGCUUUGGUGACUCCAAGUUCAUUCCUCGGAUCCCAGCCUCCGCCUUUGAAGCUCUGGCGUCGAGCACGCCGGAGACCAAAGAGGCUUUCCAAAAGGCAAACAGCACUGGCGGUGGUAUUUACGAGACUAGCGAGCAGUCUUUGAUGCAUCUGGGCUACCCUACCGCUGGCCAUAUGACUACCUACUACCCUGACUCGCCCACAAUCACCAAGGAUGAAAUCACAGCUGUGGGCGACUUGAUGGAGAAGAAGGGCCUGGCCUUGGAGAAUACUAGAAUCCGCAAGACGGCCUCUGGAGACUUUGAACUCUUAAUUGCAUCUGGAGUCACCAAUCCUCCAGUGAGAGAUCGCGAUCUCGGCGGGACCCAUACUUUCGAGCUUGCGGGAGCUCUCAAGGGCAAGACUCUUCGUCUGGUCUUUGGAGACUACCUGGAGGAGAUGGCCAAGAUUGCACACAACAUCAAGCUUGCUGAGCGUAACGCGGCCAACGAUAAUCAGAAGAAGAUGCUAGACGCAUAUGCUCUUUCGUUUGGUGCUGGCUCCAUUGAAGCAUUCAAGGAGAGCCAGCGUGUUUGGGUUAAGGACCAAAAGCCUGCUUUGGAGACGAACUUGGGAUUCGUCGAGACGUACCGUGAUCCACAUGGUGUGCGUGGAGAGUGGGAGGGCUUUGUCGCUCUGGUGAACCUGGAGCGUACUCGGGCAUUUGGUGCUCUAGUGGACAGUGCUGAGAGCAUGAUCCCCAAGCUCCCCUGGGGUACAGACUUCGAGAAGGAUCACUUCCUCAGCCCUGACUUUACCUCCCUGGAAGUUCUAAGCUUUGCUUGCUCUGGUCUUCCCGCUGGUAUUAAUCUUCCCAACUACGACGACAUCCGCCAGAACCUUGGCUUCAAGAAUGUCUCCCUUGGCAAUGUUCUGAGCGCAAAGGCUCCGAACGAGCCCAUUCCUUUCAUUGCUGAGAAGGACCUGGAGCUUUUCCGCCGCUACCGUGAUCCUGCCUUUGAAGUUCAGGUCGGUAUCCAUGAGCUUCUGGGCCACGGUACCGGCAAACUUCUGCAGGAAACUGCUCCGGGAGACCCCGUGACUGGCAAGCCUGUGUCAACCUGGUACAAGCCUGGUCAGACCUGGAGUUCGGUAUUCGGCGCCAUCGCCUCUUCAUAUGAAGAGUGCCGUGCCGAGUGUGUUGCCAUGGCCUUGGGCUGUGACUUUGAGAUUCUCAAGAUCUUCGGCUUCGGCGAUGGCAAAGAGGACAUGGCCAAUGAGGCUGGUGACGUUCUCUAUGCUGCCUACCUGCAGAUGGCUCGUGCCGGUCUGGUCGCUCUGGAAUUCUGGGAUCCCAAGACCCAGAAGUGGGGUCAAGCUCAUAUGCAAGCUCGAUACAGCAUCCUGCGCACAUUCCUCGGUGCUGGCGAGGACUUUGUCAAGCUGUCCUACACUAAGGAAGAUCUGUCGGAUCUGGAGAUCCUCCUGGAUCGCUCUAAGAUUCUGAGCCACGGUCGGCCUGCUGUUGAGAAGUACCUACAGAAGCUGCACAUUUACAAGAGCACGGCCGAUGUCGAGUCUGGCAAAGCCAUGUAUGACGAGAUCACCUCAGUCGACAGCUGGUGGGGAACGCAGGUGCGCGAGGUUGUUCUUAAGAACAAGGUGCCUCGCAAGGUGUUUGUGCAGGCCAACACUAUUCUGGAGGGAGGCAAGGUGACUCUGAAGGAAUAUGAGCCUACUCUGGAAGGAAUUAUCCAAAGCUUCGUGGAUCGCAAGGUGUAA